AUGAGGAAGCACGGGUGGCAGCUGCCGUACCACCCGCUGCAGGUGGUGGCCAUAGCCGUCUUCGCCGCGCUGGGCUUCGCCUUCUACGUCUUCUUCCUGCCCUUCGUCGGCGGCAAGACGGCGCAGUACGUCGCACUGGGUCUCUACACCCCGCUGAUUACCAGUGUCGUCGCGCUCUACAUUUGGUGCGCCGCCACGAACCCCGGCGACCCUGGCAUCUGCAAGUCCACGGACCACUCCAAGGUAGAGGCUGCUGACAACAGCGAGAAGCUCAGCAGCAUGCUCGGGGGGAAGGACUCGCCUUCUUGGCCCAGAUGUUCGCAAGUGCUCUGCUUUCUCUGCCUGCCCUUCUCCUGCCUCUGCAAAGGAUGCCUCCAUUCCGAGGACCAGCGCUCUGAAGAUAACGCGAGCGAAGAGGGCAUGUUCUUCUGCAGCCUAUGUGAAGCAGAGGUUCUGAAGAACAGUAAACAUUGUAGAGUGUGUGACAAGUGUGUCGAUGGCUUUGAUCACCAUUGCAGAUGGCUCAACAAUUGCAUAGGGAAAAGGAACUACAAAGGGUUCUUCAUUCUAAUGUCUUCUGCUGUUCUCCUGCUUGUUGUGCAGUGGUUGUCAGGAAUCCUUGUGAUGAUUCUUUGCAUUGUGAAGCGAGGGGAGUUCUCCAGGCAGAUUGACUCAAAGUUAGGAAGCAGCUUCUCGACUGUAGCAUUUGUAAUUGUUGUGGCUACCUGCACCAUACUAGCAAUGAUUGCGACUGUGCCACUUGCUCAACUUCUAUGCUUCCAUAUUCUUCUAAUCAAGAAGGGAAUUAGUACGUAUGAUUACAUCAUAGCUUUGAGAGAGCAAGAGGAGGAUCAGCAAGAAGAGAUUGCCGGUCACCAAAGCCCACAGAUGUCUAUUAUUAGCUCUGUUACUGGAUUUAGCACGGCAAGUUCUUUUGGUCCACUUCAUCGUGGUUCAUGGUGCACUCCGCCACGGUUAUUCCUUGAAGAUCAGUUUGAUGUCAUCCCUCCGGAGAUUGGCAUGUCCCAAAACCCAGGAAGUAAGAAGAUGAAGGUAGCAGAUGGAGCAAGAAGACGAAACGGAGCAGUAAAAAUCAGCCCCUGGACAUUGGCACGUCUUAAUGCCGAGGAAGUGUCAAAGGCAGCUGCACAGGCAAAGAAGAAAUCCAAAAUUCUGAAGCCAAUCGCGAGGCAAGACCCUCCGAUCAUCCACGAGAACAGGAGGGGGCGAUUCCCUGCUGAACUCUCUCUUGACCCCCUCGCAAGGCUAUCUGCAAGUGGCACCGAGAGUAACUACAGCGAUGCCGGGAUGGAAAAUUCUGCCAUUCUAGCCCCACUACAGCUCGAAGCGAGGAGUGCUUUUCAACCAAGCACGGCAGCAUCCUCAAGAAUUGCUGCGUCAUCACCUGGAAGCAGCUUUGAUUCGCCUGAUCUCCAUCCCUUCCGUAUUUCUUCAUCCACUGCUGAUGAAAUGCAGGGAGUAAUGCCACAUCCAGCUCACAUAGAGUUCACAAGAUCGACGAGUGACGGAUAUGAAGCGUCAGGAGGUGAAGACAGUGACCGCAUCCCGUCGAGAAUUGUGCACAGAUCAGCCAACUGGGCUAACUCCAUUCUACAUUCUGGUCAGGCGGCCGCAGCGCCUGAUCAGCACAUGCCGUCGUAUGAAGGGUUUCUUAACAACACCAGGUCAAGUUAGUUAGAUAUGCAUUGCAACACCAGGUCAAGUUAGUUAGAUAUGUGUUGCGUCUGUCUGACCAGCUGGAAUGGUAUGUGGAAGCUGCGUGGUAUCGGCUCCUGCGGAAUGACAGAUAAUGCUCAAUGCUGGCGAAAUAUUUGGCUAGUUUUAUGCUCUAAGAUUAGAUUUUGUUAGUGAUGUAAGCAGUUUAUCAGGUGUUAAUUCAUGUAAAACUGCAUUCUCUCUUGUUUUGGCAAACGUGAAAGCAAGAUGGGCAGAUUGAAAUUGUUAGGCUUGAUUCAGUAUUA